GUUGCUUCAGAGCCUUCCUGAUGUAUAUAUGCAGGUAGUGAGAUUUGAAACGGCCCUUUGAAACAGUAAUAUAAUCAAACUCUGAUUUGGGGAGCAGCAGUUCUCCUCCUUUUUCUACUCUCUUGUGGGAAUGAGUUGCCAACCUUUUACUUCGGCUGAUACCUUUAUACCUCUGAAUUCCGAGUCUUCUGCAACUCUGCCUCUGAUAAUGCAUCACAGCGCUGCCGAGUGCCUCCCGGUCUCCAACCACGCCACCAAUGUGAUGUCUACAGCAACAGGACUUCAUUAUUCUGUUCCUUCCUGUCAUUAUGGAAACCAGCCAUCGACCUAUGGAGUGAUGGCAGGUAGCUUAACCCCUUGUCUUUACAAGUUUCCUGACCACACCUUGAGUCAUGGCUUUCCUCCCAUGCACCAGCCUCUUCUGGCAGAAGACCCCACCGUCACUGAUUUCAAGCAGGAACUCAGGCGGAAAAGUAAAUUGAUUGAAGAGCCGAUAGACAUGGAUUCUCCGGAAAUCCGAGAACUUGAGAAGUUUGCCAAUGAAUUUAAAGUGAGAAGAAUUAAGUUAGGAUACACCCAAACCAAUGUUGGGGAAGCCCUGGCAGCUGUGCAUGGCUCAGAAUUCAGUCAAACGACUAUUUGCCGAUUUGAAAACCUGCAGCUCAGCUUUAAAAACGCAUGCAAACUAAAAGCAAUAUUAUCAAAAUGGCUGGAGGAAGCAGAGCAAGUCGGAGCGUUAUACAAUGAAAAAGUGGGAGCAAAUGAAAGGAAAAGGAAGCGAAGAACAACUAUAAGUAUCGCUGCUAAAGAUGCUCUGGAGAGACACUUUGGAGAACAGAAUAAACCCUCCUCUCAAGAGAUCAUGCGAAUGGCUGAAGAACUGAAUCUUGAGAAAGAAGUAGUAAGAGUUUGGUUUUGCAAUAGAAGGCAGAGAGAAAAACGGGUGAAAACAAGUCUGAAUCAGAGUUUAUUUACUAUUUCUAAGGAGCACCUUGAAUGCAGAUAAAAUUUACUAUUGUGUAACAUCCAAUUUUUCUGUUAUUCUUUCCUUUCUCUUCCCCAACAAAAAUAGAAAUUAGUUAUUUGGUUGGCUUCAAAAAUUUUAUAUCAACAACUUUUGCAGACACUUUUCUACUUUAAAAAAUUAAUACAAUUUAAAUAUUGGUGACUUAUUUUCUUUAAAAUAUUCUCAGAAGCCAAACUGUAUAUUUUUAAGCCAAAGAUACCAAUAGGAAUAAAACAAUAAUUCUUUCGAAGUCUUUCUCACUCCCUCUUUAUCUACACACGCACACAUGGAGUGUGCACAUGGGUCUUUCAAGAUUCCUUUUACCAAGGCUGUUUAUUAGCUUUUUAAUAUUUCAGUCAUAAUGCUAAAUA